GAGCUGGCGCGGGGGCGCGCGGCGUGGCGCGGGCGCGGCGGCGCAGGCGGGGGCGCGCGGCGCGGGCCCGGGAGGGCGCGGCGGGAGCGCAGGGCGGCAGGCGGAGGCGGGGGGCGGGAGCCGAGGAGGGAGCAGGCGGCGUCGGCGGAGCUCUGGAGCGCUCGCCCAUGUGGAGCCGUCUGCCGGGCGUCCGUGGCCCGCAGUUUUGUGGAGCUGUGAGGGAUACGGAAGUUUGAUCAAUAUUGUCUUAACAUGCUUCAGAUAAAUCAGCUUCUCUCCACGAUAAAAUGGCAAACCCCAAAGAGAAAACUCCAGUGUGUCUGGUAAAUGAGUUAGCCCGUUUCCAUAGCAUCCAACCCCAGUAUAAGCUUCUGAAUGAAAGCGGGCCUGCUCAUUCGAAGAUGUUUUCGGUGCAGCUGAGUCUUGGCGAGCAGACAUGGGAAUCCGAAGGGAGCAGUAUAAAGAAGGCCCAACAAGCUGUUGCUAACAAAGCUUUGACUGAAUCUACGCUUCCCAAACCAGUUCAGAAACCACCUAAAAGUAAUGUCAAUAAUAACCCAGGUAGUAUAACUCCAACUGUGGAACUGAAUGGGCUCGCUAUGAAAAGGGGAGAGCCUGCCAUCUACAGGCCACUAGAUCCAAAGCCAUUCCCAAAUUAUAGAGCUAACUACAACUUCCGGGGCAUGUACAAUCAGAGGUAUCAUUGCCCAAUGCCCAAGAUCUUUUAUGUUCAGUUAACUGUAGGAAAUAAUGAAUUCUUUGGUGAAGGGAAGACUCGACAAGCUGCCAGACACAAUGCUGCGAUGAAAGCGCUUCAAGCCCUACAGAAUGAGCCAAUUCCAGAAAAGUCUCCCCAGAAUGGUGAAUCAGGAAAAGAAAUGGAUGACGAUAAAGAUGCAAAUAAAUCUGAAAUAAGCUUAGUGUUUGAGAUUGCGCUGAAGAGAAAUAUGCCUGUCAGUUUUGAGGUUAUUAAAGAAAGUGGACCACCACAUAUGAAGAGUUUUGUAACUCGGGUGUCAGUGGGAGAAUUUUCUGCAGAAGGAGAGGGAAAUAGCAAAAAACUCUCCAAGAAGCGUGCCGCAACCACUGUCUUACAGGAGCUUAAAAAACUCCCACCUCUUCCUGUGGUAGAGAAGCCAAAACUAUUUUUUAAAAAACGCCCUAAAACAAUAGUAAAGGCUGGACCCGACUAUGGUCAAGGAAUGAACCCCAUUAGCCGCCUGGCUCAGAUCCAGCAAGCCAGAAAGGAAAAGGAGCCUGAUUACAUCCUACUCUCAGAACGAGGAAUGCCUCGCCGUCGAGAGUUCGUAAUGCAGGUCAAGGUAGGCAAUGAAGUUGCGACUGGAACAGGACCCAAUAAAAAGAUAGCCAAAAAAAAUGCUGCUGAAGCAAUGCUGUUACAGCUUGGCUAUAAAGCGUCCACCAGUCUUCAGGAUCCGCUCGACAAGACAGGUGAAAACAAAGGAUGGAGUGGUCCAAAGCCUGGGUUUCCUGAACCAACAAAUAACACUCCAAAAGGAAUUCUUCAUCUUUCUCCUGAUGUUUAUCAAGAGAUGGAAGCUAGCCGCCACAGAGUGACCUCUGGCACAACUCUAAGCUACUUAUCUCCCAAAGAUAUGAACCAACCUUCAAGCUCUUUCUUCAGUGUGUCUCCCUCAUCAACUAGUUCAGCCACAGUUGCCAGGGAACUCCUUAUGAAUGGAACAUCUCCUACUGCUGAAGCCAUAGGUUUAAAAGGAAGUUCUCCUACUUCCCCUUGUUCUUCAGUACAGCCUUCAAAACAACUGGAAUAUUUAGCAAGGAUUCAAGGCUUUCAGGUCAACAGCUGUGCACCAGCUGCUUCCACUAUUAUGAAAAAUGUGCUUAUGCCUCUUUGCAGCAGCUCGUCAUUCCUCCCUGGCUCUACACAGUUGGAUCUUUUGUGGUGCUGAAGGUGCCUAGUUUUGUAUAAAUGGAAUUCUACAGCUUUGGCUUCACUCCUACCCAGUAUAAUACUCAGGUUCAUCCAGGUCCUGCAAGUUGACACUUCGUUCUUUUUUGCUGCUGAGUACUAGUCCAUUGUAUGGCUAUAUGCCAGAAAUUGUUACUUGGUUUGCAUGAUGGACAUUUGUGUUGUUCAAAGUUUGGCACUAUUAUGAAUGAGAUUUAUAAACAUAUGUAAGAGUUUAUACAGACAGCUCCCACUUCCCUUGGGAAAACAAAUUAGAGUGGAAUUGCUGUAGAGUGGUAAGUGCACACAUCCUGAUUCUGUUUCAGUGUUAUAUCCCUGAACCAGUGUGAGCUCUACUGCUGCUGAGCUUACUUUCUCACGAUGUCCGUUCUCUCAAGGGCAUGCCACUGUGCCUCUAAUCUAUAGUUCACUGUCCCCUAACUAAUUGUGUUCUUUAAAAUGUACUCUGUGAGAGUUUCAUAGUGUUCACAACAUGUGGUCAUACCCUUCCCAUUUCCCGUUCUAACUGCUCUGGACCCCCACAUACCCUACCAAUCUCAUGUCCUCUUUUCUUUUUUGUUUCUUUUUAAGUAUAACCCACUAAGUCCAGGUAGUAUGCUGAUAUAAGUGUGGCUGUGGGGCCAUCUCUUAGAGUGCUGGCCACACACCAGUGUUUCAGUGGUCCAUUGUGAAGUGCCCACUGCUCACUGUUUCUAAUUGUACUUUGCUUAUUACAGAGUGUCUUCUUUGGAUACUGAAUGCAGUCACAUUUACAUUGAUGUUACACAAAUGUGCCGUUUUGAUCUCAUCUAAGAAAUCCUUAGCUAUUAAAGUCUCGAAGACUUUAUUUUUAUUUUUUAAAGAUAAAUCUUUUUUUAAUUGGGUAUUUAUUUCGUUUACAUUUCCAAUGCUAUCCCAAAAGUCCCCCACAGGCUCCCCCACCCACUCCCACUUCUUGGCCCUGGCGUUCCCCUGUACUGAGGCAUAUGAAGUUUGCACAACCAAUGGGCCUCUCUUUCCACUGAUGGCCAACUAGGCCAUUUUUUGAUUCAUAUGCAGCUAGAGACACGAGCUCCGGGGGUACUGGUUAGUUCAUAUUGUUGUUCCACCUAUAGGAUUGCAGAUCCCUUUAGCUCCUUGGGUAAUUUCUCUAGCUCCUCCAUUGGGGGCCCUGUGAUCCAUCCAAUAGCUGACUGUGAGCAUCCACUUCUGUGUUUGCUAGGCCCCGGCAUAGUCUCACAAGAGACAGCUCUAUCUGGGUCCUUUCAGCAAAAUCUUGCUAGUGUAUGCAAUGGUGUCAGCGUUUGGAGGCUGAUUAUGGGAUGGAUCCCUGGGAAUGGCAGUCUCUAGAUAGUCCAUCCUUUUGUCUCAGCUCCAAACUUUGUCUCUGUAACUCCUUCCAUGGGUGUUUUCCCAAUUCUAAGAAGGGGCAAAGUGUCCACACUUUGGUCUUAGUUCUUAAGUUUCAUGCGUUUAGCAAAUUGUAUCUUAUCUCUUGGGUAUCCUAAGUUUCUGGGCUAAUAUCCACUUAUCAGUGAGUACAUAUUGUGUGAGUACCUUUGUGAUUGGGUUACCUCACUCAGGAUGAUGGCCUCCAGGUCCAUCCAUUUGCCUAGGAAUUUCAUAAAUUCAUUCUUUUUAAUAGCUGAGUUGUUCCUGAAUGUCAUUAAAUUUGCAAAAUGAACUAUGGGUUAUCUUUUGUAGAUGAGUCUUUGCUUUUUGGUCUAGUAACCUGCUAGGCCUUUUGGACUAAUGUAUAAACUGUCUUCCUCAUGCUGACAUCAUGAGCUACAUCCUAUCCAGUCUUUCAUUCAGGAUCUCCAUCUUUUCCCCAUAGUCCCUUUGUGCUGUGUGAUAACAGUUAUAAGCCAGUACUUUGGACUAUGUAUGCCAACAUAUGGGGGGCCACUCUCUUUUACCUCUCCUGAUGUUCAGGAUUUACACCUGAAAUUUCAAGUUAAUUUGCUACCCUCAGACUCACUCAUACUUGAAGAUAGUAAACCUUCACUUAGGUUUCUGUCACUUGAGCUGUACAGAUUUUGAGAGUCACCUGUCUUAGCCAACAUUCAUUAUCUUCCAUGUACUUUUGCAUCAUGCUCUCUAGGGUCCCUCUGAACGUUGAAUUUAGCCAACAGCUGGGUCUGGGUAGUUUGUAUUCUGUUAAGAGGCUGCACUGCUUGUACAGCGCUGUUGCUUCUAGAAUUCCUUCCGUAAACAUCUAGCGCUUUUGCCAGCCCAGAACCCUUUUUCCAGCCACUUCCAGCUGCUAAGAGUUCAGUUUUAGACUAUAGAAAACCACUUUAGUCACCACCACACAAAAACAUCAUAAAAUUAUAUCUUUUCCUGCAUAAGAGUUUUGGCCUUUCAAUUAAAGUUGAAACUAACUUGGAUAUUCCUGUCUUUGAUCAUAUUCCAGCCUUCACAUAGUUUUCAAAGCUACAUCUUAUAUUGAUAUCUGUAAGAGUAUCCGUCCAUUCUUCUACAACCAAAACUUAGAAUUCUACCAAUGUUUCUUAAAUUUCCACUGAAUUGACCCUUUAAUUACUAACUUGUGAUUUUGGCAUUUAUCAAAGAAAAUAAUACAAAAUAUGGAAAAAUCUAUAUAUGCAAAGAUAUUCAGUAUCUAACCUGUUAAGAUAAUGCCUCAAAUAAAUGUACUCUCGCCAGAAUUUGGACAUCUGACUUGGUGUUAGCAAGAAUGGUUGUUUUUAGAAGCUCUUGGGGGUAAUGUGCCCUAGACCUCUUUUCUGGCUUCUGUGGCUAUAGGUCACAGCCCCUUUUGUAUAAAUUCACUGUUUCUGCGUCUGCUCCACACAGCCUUCUCUGUGCCUCUGUAUCUGUGCUGUCGUCUUUGUUCUCUUAAGAAGGUCGACCCUAAACCCAAGAUGAGCUCAUCUUGAAAUAUUUGGUUAAGGCCCCAUUAAGAGCAGGGGAACUGAGCACUUGCUUGUCUUCUGGGAGCCUCUGUUCACCCAGCUUUGUGAGAAACUGAAAAUCUGAGUGUUUGUAUCUGUUAUUCCAUUUGGGGGAUUCCAGCUGUAUUUCCUGCAAAUGCUUUUCCUAUUCCACUUCCCCUCCUCUCUCGUCCAGACUUGACGUCAGGUCCUCUCUCGUCCAGACGUCAGGUGUUGCUCCAAGGUUCACAAGACUACGCUUUCCCCAUUAUGUACUAGACUAUGUUGUUUUUGAGGGAAAAAGACGUUUACUAUUUCUACUUUAUCCUCAGAGCUUUCUUUUGGUUGUUUGGUUGUUUGGAACCGUGCACUUCUCUGGAAUUUUUUGUAGUUUCCUCUUAUCUGAAGAGACUACCCACAACUGAGUAUUUCUCUCCAUAUCAUUGAGUGUGUGGUAAGUAUGACUGAGUAUUUCUCUUCAUAUCAUGAUUGUGGAAGUAUGAGCUAACUGUUUCUAUUUCUUUUGAAACUAAGUCCAGAUUACAUCUUUGCUGUUAGGAGUGGUGUGUUUUAGAGACUAGUUUACAUUAUUCUGAAUAGCUGUGUGCUGUUUUCUGAGGCACAGUUCUGGAUAGACUCACCCCAAACUUUGUAUUUCUUCUCAGACAGUAAUCUCUCCUGGUUCUGUAUCAACUUUCUGUAUAAAAUGCUUUGAAGGAAAACCUCCAGGACUUGGCAUCAGGUGAUGACUGCUGCAGGACAGCAUGAGUGUAAAUUCUUUGUAAUAAGUAAAAUGAUGGAGGAACAAGGUAAAAACCGGUGACAGCGGUUUUCCUGCAGUGGGCAUGGAUCAUUGGGUUUGAUGUUAACAUAUUUAAUUGCCAUGUGGAAUUAACAAUGGUGAGAUUUCUUACUGUUACCCUUCCCUGGCCUGGAAGUGCUUGCUAUGUGACCCAUGCUGCAGUUGGUUAUAACCUGCUCCUCUGACCAAGAAUAGUCCUAUGUCUUCCAUAAUCUUGAUACUUUUUGAGGAAUGGUGAUCACUUAUUUUGUAAAAAAGAAUAAAAGAAAGUUCUUGAAA